UGGCCAGUGUUGGCGUGUCGGUCCCGUAUGUGUGUCAGUAACUGGCCAAAGGCGUCAGUGUGACCCUGCAAGUGUUGUACUACGACUCGUAUCUCGUUGGUGUCAAUCAACUGUGCCGGCUCGUGCAUCAUUCGCCCCUCAGAUUAAUCAAUCGAGGCUUGAGGAUGGUUGCGAUCAAGGGGAGAAAGACGUCGAAUAAAAAUCCCCCAAUUCUCAGUCAUGAAUUCAUCAUUCAGAAUCAUGCUGACAUCGUGUCGUGUGUGGCGAUGGUUUUCGUGGUUGGGCUUAUGGUCCAGGUGACAUCCCCCUGGGCCUACACCUUCAUAGCCCUCCACCACAACGUCUCGGAGACAGCGGAGCCAGACGCCCCCUGGCAGCCCCAGAAAUACUCAACAGGAUGGAAGGACGCCUGUGCAGUUUUCUUCUACUUCCUCAUCACCAUCGUGAUGCACGCUGUAAUCCAGGAGUACAUUCUGGACAAGCUCUCGAAGCGUCUGCAUCUCAGCAAGAUAAAGCUAGCUAAGUUCAACGAGUCCAGUCAACUCCUCGUGUUCUACGUGCUCUCAGCCAUCUGGGGGAUCGACAUAAUCAUCAGAGACAAUCUGCUCCUGGAGAUGCCCUCCCUCUGGGUGAACUACCCCAGCCUCAUGUCCUUCUCCCUGAAACUCUUCUUCGUUGGACAGCUGGCUUACUGGCUUCACUGCUACCCUGAGCUCUACUUCCAGAAGAUCAAGAGGGAGAGCAUCCCCAAGGUCGUCGUCGAGGCCACUCUUGGGUUUGUCUUCACCUUGGCUGGGUAUCUCCUCAAUUUCCAACAUAUCACCGUUAUUCUUCUGGUUCUUCACUUCAUUGGAGAUGCUCUGCAGCAUGGCGCUCGUCUUGUUCAUAUUGUCUAUCGCAGGGAACAAACAACAAAGUUGGCUUUUGGCAUCGCAAACGCUGUCUACAUCUUCUCCAGAAUCUCGACAAUCCUCUUCUCCCUCCUCUUCUACGUCUACGGUCUGAGUCAAGUGGAAAGUACCCUGGACAUCUCAGCAGGCAUUUUCAACAUCCCAGCGAUAAGAUUCUCAGCCUUCGGUGCUGUCGCCCUCUUCCAGGCGUACCUCAUCUACGCGUUCAGCAAGAGGCAGAUCCAGCGAGCACGUGAGAACGGGGGCCCAGUGGUGUCCAAGGCCAAACCCAAGCAGCAGAAGCCCAGGAAGAAGGAGGGCAAGAAGUCAGCUGCCUCUGAGGAUGACGACUUGCCAGAAGUCGAUCAGGCAACCAAGAAGAAUCUUCGAUCGCGAUCAGUGAAGGCUAAAUAAAUGGGCCUUCGAGGGAAUUAAUUUCCCCCAGGCUGAUGGUCCCAUCUCAGGGAGAAUCAGCUGGGAAGAGUGACAAUUGGGCUGUUGCGUGGAGAUAAAAUAUUUGAUUCAUAUUUUUUAUUCGGAAAAAUACUGAAAACUGGAGAAAUCCUAGUCACUGAUGGAAUCAAAUUGAGUUAGUUGAGAAUGAAAAUAUACGUUUCUAAUAUUCUUCAUUCAAUCUUCAUGUCCAACAACAAUGCAUCCCAAUGCUAUUUUUUAGUUGAAUAGAAUGAAAACCCGAGGGAAUAUUUCACGAAACAAAGCAUAAUUUACUGAAUAUUCCGAGGGAAUCAGUUCAAUUAAGACUCAAUUAGCUUCGAGGUUUCGUACAUCACUAUAUCCAACAUAUUCAUAUUCAUAUUUAUAAAAAUGAUUUUUUAAGGACUCAUAUACACGAAGAAAGAGGCAAAGUGUGUUUUCAUUCCUGUCAACUACCGAACUUCUGUUAUUUAUUUUCAAACAGUGAACUGAGAGUAGAAAUGGAGGUGAAUACAAUUUAUCAUAGGAAGAACACGUCCAUGAAACAGAGACAGUGGAUAGAAGUAUCAAUUAUCGUGUAAAUAUUGAUAGUCAACGGAAUCAGGUCGAGAUGAAAUGGCCUAUGCAAUUGCAAUUUUAAUGACAUGAUAUUCGAAUUUUAUUGAUGCAGUAACAAUGAGGACAAUGUAAUGAAUCAAUAAAUUCUUUAUUUUUUGAAAUAAAUGAA